UCGCUGUUUGGUGCAGAGAUGGCGCUUUCUUCGGCGACAUAUCUCACAGAGAAGACGUCCACUAGGCGGCGCAGCACUUGCAACGAACAACGGCCAUGACACAGUAAUCGGCUCAACUGGGGGAACAGACUGAUUAACGCCCUGUAUCAUAUGUAAACUUCUAGAACCCGAAUUCGAAAAAGAUGCCCCACCAACCUCCCAGCAUCGUCUUUGGCGGGACACGCAUUGGAAACAAGCCACUCUUCAUGCCAGAGACGAGCCUGAGCUUGUUUCUAGAAAAGCUUGCCGAGCACAGCGUGCGUAAAAUCGAUACGGCUCAGAGUUACCGUAACUCCGAAGAAACGUUAGGCAAAGUUGAAGCCGGAAAAACAUUCACCAUCGACACAAAAUGGAGUCCCCCGUCCUUUACGGAGGCAGUUGGGUCAUGGGCAACACGAGACAACAUCGUCCACUCUGCUGAGGAGAGUAUCAGAAAAUUGGGUGUUAAAAAGGUCGACGUAUUCUACCUCCACCGACCAGAUCCUCAGACAGCGCUCGCAGAGACCCUUGGCGCCGUAAAUGAAGUCUAUUCUCGCGGUUUAUUUCAUCAGUUCGGAUUAUCGGGCUGUUCUAGCAGCCAAGUGGAAGCUGUGCAUGCUCAUUGUUUGGCGCAUGGCUAUCCGCUGCCGACAGUCUAUCAGGGCAGUUAUAAUGCAUUUAGUCGGGCGAAAGAAACGACGCUAAUCCCGACAUUGCGAGCCCUUCAAAUAUCUUUUUAUGGUUAUAGCCCGUCGGCAGGAGGCUUUCUCGGGAAAUCUGCAGCACGGGCCCGUCAACUCGCUACAAACCUAGGCUCUGUUUCGGCCACUUGUAAACCAUACCUUCGCGAAGCACGAUUCCUCGAUGCUCUGGAGGCGUGGAAUACAAUAGCGUAUGAUGAAGGCAUCAGCCCCGCAGAGUUAUCCUAUCGAUGGAUGGCAUCGCAUUCUGCGCUGGAUGGAAGCCAUGGUGACUGCUUCGUCUUCAAUGCCAGCUCACCCGAACAACUCGAGGAAACGCUCCUCGCGGUCGCAAAGGGCGCUCUAAGUGAUGACGCCAGUAGCAGGAUAGACAAUAUAUGGCGAACCCUAGACACUCAACGGUGAUGGUGAUGCUUGGAAUGCGCACUGGCCAAGUUCCCCAGACAACUGUGUGUGGCUGAAGACGAUGGAUCUCCAUCCGCCGCGAGGAUCAGCGCCUCAUCCACAUAAAUCCGGUUUUUUUACUUUUCAUACAUGCCAAAUUAGGCAAGUAUAAAUUCAACGGUUAAGCAGGAGAAUACUAAACUCAAAUACUAAGGAUACAGACAUUGACAAA